AAGAAAUUGUAAUCAAUGGCCGCGUUAUAAUAUCCUACAUAAUUCUUAUAGGCUAUAGUUAUUGUUAGUUACAAUGCAUUGAACAUGGCGGAACUCACGGACCAGCCAGUGGAUAGUCAUGUCUCGUGUAAAAUUUUGAUCAUCGGAGCGGGCAUGGCCGGAUUGUCUGCCGCAAAUCAUUUACUUAAAAAUAGUGAAACAGAUUUUCUUAUUGUUGAAGCAAGAGGACGUAUAGGUGGCCGAAUUAUAGCAACACAAAUUGGAAAUGAAAAAAUUGAACUUGGAGCAAACUGGAUUCAUGGAGUUUUGGGAAAUCCUCUUUUUGAAUUAGCAAUGGCAAAUGGAUUGAUAGAUAUCAUAAAUAUACCGAAACCACAUAGAGUUAUAGCUGCUAUGGAAGAUGGAAAACAAUUACCAUUUCCAGUUUUACAAGAAAUCUAUGAAGCCUAUGUGUGUUUUUUAAGACGUUGUGAAGAAUAUUUCUUAAGUGCUUAUAAUCCACCAGAUGGUAUAAAUAGUGUUGGAGCACAUGUGGCACUUGAAACUGAUAUAUAUUUGUCAUCUUUACCAGUUGAACAAAGAAGAAUAAGACAGUUACUUUUUGAUUGUUUGCUUAAGAGAGAAACUUGUAUUACUGGCUGUGAUAAUAUGGAAGAGGUCGAUCUUAUGGAAAUGGGAUCUUACGCUGAAUUACAAGGUGGUAAUAUCCGUCUUCGAAAUGGAUAUAGUGCAAUAUUGGAGCCAAUUACAAAACAUAUACCAAAGAACUGUAUACUUACUAAACACGUUGUUACUAAAAUUAGAUGGCAAAAACAGGAAUGUGAGAAUGAAACAUCUGAUGUAGCAACAAAUAACUCUAGUAGAAAUAAGGUUAUAGAAAUUCAAUGUGAAAAUGGAAAAAUGAUAACUGCAGAACAUAUAAUAUGUACAUUGCCUUUAGGAGUUCUUAAAAAAAAGGCUAAUGAUAUUUUUGAGCCGCCCUUACCAGAUAAUAAACUCCAAGCAAUAAAUAGACUUAUGUUUGGUACUGUAGAUAAAAUAUUUUUAGAAUACGAAAGGCCUUUUUUAAAUCCAGGAAUAUCUGAAGUUAUGCUUCUUUGGGACGAUAGAGGAUUGUCAGAAGACGACAGACAAGAUUUAAGUAAAACAUGGUUUAGAAAAAUAUAUUCUUUUAUUAAAAUAUCAGAUACACUUCUUCUUGGUUGGAUAUCAGGAAAGGCUGCAGAAUAUAUGGAACAAUUAAGUACAACCGAGGUAUCAGAAGUAUGCACAUCAAUUUUAAGGCGAUUUUUAAACGAUCCAUUUGUACCAGCUCCAAAGCAUUGCUUACGUACUACUUGGAAUUCUCAACCAUUUACAUGUGGUUCUUAUACAUCUAUGGCCAUUGGUGCAAGUCAAGUAGAUAUCAAGAAUUUAGCUGAACCAUUGAUACUGCAAGAUCAGCCUUCCAAAAUUAUGAUAACAUUUGCUGGCGAGCACACACAUUCUUCGUUUUACAGUACUGUACAUGGUGCAUAUUUAACAGGCCGUACUGCAGCUCAAUUGUUACUCGAAUCAAGAAGAAGUGAACAAAAUCAUAUAAGUCUUAGUUGUGAAAGUACUAGUGAUCUUAGCUCAUGGAUUCAAGGAAUAUCUUUAAAUUAAAAUUAAAAAUUUUAUAUAUAUAUAUAUAUAUAUAUAUAUAUAUGUAUAUGUAUAUAUAAUAUUUUGUUUCCAGACAAGAGCAUUUUGUGUAUUGCUUGAAAAAAAGUAAUCAAUACUUAGUCAUUUAUGAUGAAGAUGGAUCGCUUAAUCUAACACUUCGAAAAAAACAGUAAUUAUAUAAAGUAACAAUCUUAGUUAUAAUUCUAAUCUAUGUGCAUGUUAAACAAUUUUUAAAACGAUAUAAUUUUUAAAUAUCAAAAUUAUCUUUCCUAACAAAUUAUAUUUUGUAGUAUUUAUCGAUUUAUUUAAAAAAUUGCAUGUUAUGUUGUUCUUAAGAGAGAGUGUUAUGCUUUGUUUGUUUUGUAUAAAUGAAAAAAGAAGUGAUGCAUUUAAAAAGGAAAAAAAAAAAAAUAAAUAAAUUGUAGAGCGUAUUAUGACUGAUUUAGGAAUAUUAUGCACAAUGUACAUUUUACUAAUUUAAAAUCUGUUAUUGAUGCUUGUCAGAACAUUUUCUCUCAAUCAUCUUCAAAUAAUAGUAUUUUUAAUGAUAGCUUUUAUAUAACUAUAAACAAUUGAGCACAUUUUAUUUCAAAUUAUUUAAAUUAUGUGCUCGUUAUUAAUACUGUAUGUAUGUACAAUUGAUGAUAUAGCAUUUUUAUUUUAUUAGUAAAUUGAUUUAAGAAAUUAAUAUAUUAUAGUAAUUCCUAAAAUAUGCAAGAUCACCAUUGUAAACUUAACAAUGUAAUUUAUCAUUGUAAAUGUUCGUUUUAUAAUAGCUUUUAUUUUCAUUGAAUUUAUUUCUGUAUUCGUACUGGCUCGCUUAUGAACAAUGUUAAAAGAUCAAAAAGUCUCUUAAAAAAAGAAAAAAAAAGAAAAAAAAACUGCAUUUUUACGGUAUAUAUAUAUAUACAUAUAAAUUAAUAUUAACGAUACACAAUUUCACUACAGAAAAUUUUGUGCCAUAUUGUGUUCCUUUUCAUUGUGCCUAUAUUUGUAAUAGAAUGAAAAAAAUAUAAAAUGUAAACAAUUAAAAAUUGGAAAAAGAGACGAACGAACAAUUGUCAGGCGCAAACAAUUUGGCGAAUACGAAAUUAUUAUAUUUCAUUAAAUCUUAAAUCAUGAUUAAUUUUUAUGAAAUAAUGUAAAUUUAAUUAAACAUCACGUAUUGUAUAUAUAAUAAAAAAAAAGAUUAUUUAUAA